AUGGUGACAACACAUAGCCCCGAUUUCAUACUUGUAUUAAUCAUCGAAUAUGAUUUAAUCUGGACAAAAUAUCAUGUUAUAAUCUCAAUGAGUCUACCUAACUUUUCACGACAACAACGACCACUACAACAACAACGACCACUACAACAACAACGACCACCACAACAACAACGGCCACUACAACAACAAUGUCAACCACAGGUCCCAUGGGGUUGGAAAUCAGCACGUGCCUCCGAUUAUCAUAUUUAG